AUGGAGAGAGCCAACACUUGCCCUUUGAGGGAGCUGAGAGCGAGCCCCAAGUACAUGCCCGACUGCAGGAAAGCCAAGAGCCGCAGCAAAGAGAACCAAACAGGAGACAGCUGUCAGUUACCCCCUUUAUGGCAUGAGGGGAUGGAGGUGCAAAGUGUUUCUCUUCAGGAAGGUCAGCGACUAGUCAGUGUUGGCGGUGUCAGUGAGACGUCAUCGAUAAUCGUGCAGUCCGUCACUCGCGCCUCCACAGAGACCGUAUACAGUGCGCUGCCUAGGUUUGCUUCAGACGCCAGUAAAGUCACAUCCAAAGGAGCAGGUCUGUCGAAAGCCUACUUGGGCCAGAAGAGCAGCUUCACUGUAGACUGCAGUAAAGCAGGUUCUAACAUGCUAUUAGUUGGUGUACAUGGGCCCACAAUACCUUGUGAGGAGGUCUCAGUAAAACAUCUUGGAAGUAAGCAAUAUAACGUCUUCUACCACGUCAAGGAGAAAGGAGAUUACACUCUGGUUGUAAAGUGGGGAGAGGAACACAUCCCUGGCAGCCCCUUCCAUGUCACCGUCCCAUAAUGUAGAGAACCUCCCAAAUCGGGAUUCAGCAAGGAGAAGAGAUUGUCGUCAUUUGAUCGCGCGGAGCUGACAUCUGCAGAUUGUAUGAAGUGGAAAGACUUCCAGUGUAAUUUUAUAUGUGACUUUUUUAUACUAGGGAAUUGGAAAAUUUGUAUGUGUGUUUUAGGUGUCCAUUUGGUAAUUUAAUAGCAAAUCUCUACUGCUGGAAGGGCUUAUUAUUUAUACUUGUCGAUAUUGUGUAACUCCUCCGAUGCCAAGUAGAAUAACCUGUUCCUGGUAAAUUGAAUGAAUCAUUUAAGAAGGGGACCAAUGACAUUUGUCUAAGGAUCAAUAUGAAAUAAAACUGGAAUUAUUUCCUGACUAUUCGAUAUGUAAUAGAACUACUGAUUGCCCCAGCUUGUAUUCCUCAGCCUAACGUUCGGUCAAGGAAAGUAGUGAGAAGUCUGGUACUUUCUUUAUUAGCGCCUGUUGCUCACUGUUCAGUCAUUGGGAUGAGCAGUAAAAAGUUUAUUUUAAUUUUUUUUUUAAAUUUCACAAUACCAUUGAAGUGAUAGGAGUUUCUCAGUGACACUAAAUUAUAGUCCGGAUUAAUCUCGGCCCUUAACAUUUUAGAGGAAUGUGCAUUUUUGCUUUUGUUUUUGGACUAAAACCACCAAUUUACUAUUGUCUUUUUCUGAAAUGAAAAAAUAAAUAAAAAUCAGCACUUAAAGGGGUUGGCCUAUCUCAGGCAUUGAUGACAUAUCGCUAGUAUAUGCCAUCCGGGUGAGAUAGGUGCUGGUCCCGCUCCUUUCUCCAGAGCAGGGCCUCCAAAGUGAAGAAGAUAACUCCGCGCCUGUGCGAAGUGCACUCUUUUCACUUCUAUGGGAGUUCUGAAACUCCUAUAGUGUUGAAUGGACAAUGCACUGUGUGUGCUCAGCUAUUUUUGGAACCAGCCUUGAAGGGGAAAAUAGCCACGCUUGCACAGAGUGCUCUCCUUAACUUUAGGGGAUCCUUUCUGGAGAUACAGUAGGAGCAGGGGCGUAGAUAAAGGCUCAUGGGCCCUGGUGCAAAAGUUCAGCUUGGGCCCCCCUUCCCUCAGUGCUUUGUGGCCAGGGAAGAGGGGCCCAAGA